GAUACUGUUAUCGUCGUUUGUUUUAAACGAUCCGUCGAGAGAGAAAAAGAUACAAUAUUCACAAAUUAUUCUUUUUAAGGCAAUAAUUAUUGCAAAAAAAAAUUUACUAGUGCAAAUUUUCGGCAAUUAGGCACCUUGCAGAAAAAACUAUAUGCGUUAUUUUGUGAAAAUAGAUUACACAAUAUAUAGGGGCAAAAAUGAAAUUGAUAUUAUUUUUUGGAAUCGUUCUGAAAUUUAUUGUCCCGAUAGCUAGUAAAAUAUACGCCAGGAAUAUAACAAAAUGUUUGCUCGUUUCUGAAAAUUUAAACAUCUUUGAAGUAAUGCCAAUAAGAUAUGAUGUUCAUAUUAAAAUAAGACCACAACAAAGAAUGUUGUUAGGGUACACGAAUAUAUUGAUUGAAGUCAAGAAACCAAUAAAGGACAUAAUCCUACAUGCAAAAUCGAGAUACGGUUACGGAAUAGAGGAUGAACAAGAUAGUGCAUCUUAUAAAGUGACCGACUUCCAAUUUUGUGAGAAGAAAGAAAUCUUAAUUUUACAGUUUGACAAAAUGCUAGAUAAAGGAAAAUAUAAUUUUGAAAUAGCUUACAGAUCCGUUUUAAAUAAACAUGUCGAGGAAAUAUUUUAUCCUACUUGGAAUAAUCAAAAUUGGAUGCUCACGAAUCUCUACACACCAAACACGAUACGAGUAUUAUUUCCAUGCUGGGACGAUCCGAGGGUAAAAGCAACUUACAACAUCUCAAUCCAGGUUCCUGCAAAUUACGAGGUUCUUUCAAGCAUACCCAAACAGUCUUCUUCCUUUAUACAUCGUCCAUUGUUUACGCUAAAAUUUGGCAGAAGAUUGAUAAAGUACCAAAAAUUUGUUUCGAAGCCUACUCAUCUAAUAGGAUUUUUGAUAAUCAAUGAUAUUGUGAGGGAAUAUGAAAACAGAGACAUACAUUAUAUGUGGCGCAAAAUAGAUGCGGAUAAGGAAUUCACUUACGUACUAGAAAAGGCAAAAAUGGUGACAUCUUUUUUUUUUAACUCUAUGAAAAUAGACACGUCGAACCUCUCUCCAGAAAUUAACCAUGUCGUACUUCCAAAUAGUCCUAUGAAGUCAACAGGUGCACCCGGUCUUGUUGUUUACAGGGAAAAAGACAUUACGUUCGAUGAAAUUUUAGAUUUUCCGGGUCAGUUUGUUGAUGUUAUAACGUUAGUAUCAUACGAAAUGGCACGUCAAUUAUUUAUUGGUGUUGUCAGUCCGCAAUUAGGAAAUGAUUAUGUAUGGUUGAACGAAAUAUUUGCAUCAUUCUGCGGCUAUUACAUCAUGGACCAGGUAUGGUCAUCACAUCGAUUAAUGGAACUGUUUGUGGUUAAAAUUAUUCAGCCCACUCUAAAUAUCGACAUGCUCUUAGAAAGUGAACCUAUUAUAAGCAAGUCUAAGAAUAGUGAUGGAAUUGAUGGAUUACUUUAUCCUCUCCUCUAUCAUAAGAAAGCAUUCGCUCUGAUUCGCAUGCUACUGCAACUUUACAAUCGCGAUGUUUUCAACGAAGCCAUCAGGAGAUAUGUACACGAACGUACAAAGGAUAUAUGGACUAUAUUGGAAGAUUAUUAUCUACAAAACAGAAGCCGCUAUAGGAUAAAAGAAAUAAUGAAUACAUGGUUAACAAUAAAACACCACCCCGAGCUAAUGAUCCUACGUAGAUAUAGCGAACAGCGAACUAUAUCUGUUUAUUCAUUAUAUGAAUGGGUUGACAAUAGUGAAUGGAUAGUACCUGUCAAUUACAUUACGCAAUUUACUUACAAUUCUUACAAUGACUCGGAUGUUUUUUGGCUUGAUUCGACAUACGUGAAUACUACCGUAAAGUCAGGGUAUGAUAAAUCGUAUAGUCCUACAGAUUAUUUCGUCAUAGUUAAUCCAGAACAAACAGGUUAUUAUCGUGUUAACUACGAUGACAAAAACUGGAUACUGAUAUCAACUUACAUGCAAAAUAAUACCUCAAACAUAUCUCCCAUUACUCGCGCUCAACUGGUAAAUGAUGCGUACUAUUUCGCAACAAUAAGGAAACUCAAAGGUUCUACCUUCAUCGAACUCACUAAGCAUUUAAAGAAGGACACAGAUUUUAUAGCAUGGUAUCCUAUGUUUAACAUUUUGUUAGAUAUGUCAUCUUACUUUAAAUUCCCUGAGAGUAAUCAUAUCAAGGAACACUUUUUGGGACUUCUGGAUGGAGUACUUAACAAAAUAGGAUACGAAAACAUUAUACAGGAUGGUAAAAUGACAAAAUCAUUGAGACUUUUAGUACGAAAGUGGGCCUGCAAACUUGGUCACUCAGUAUGUCGAAAUGCCGCUUUAGAUCGUUUGAUGAUCUAUAUAAAUCAUCGUGAUGAAUUGGACAGAAUUCCGGCAAUGUUGAAAGAAUGGAUAAUUUGUGAUGGGUUGAAGACAAUAGAUUUAAAUGUAUGGGACAAUAUUUUAGAUAAAGCUAUAAAUUAUAAUAACAAGAUGCUUCUGGAAUAUUUGUCAUGUACUGAAAAUAGUGCGAUUAUCGUGCAUUACUUACGAUUAAUGCUACAGCCGGGUUAUUUCUCGAAAACAGAUCUAUUUAUGAGACCAAUAUGUCGUAAAAUUGUGAAAAAUCAUAUUAGCAGAAAUAUGGUGUUACGUUACGUGAUCGAUAAUUAUAGUGCAAUUGUAAUCAGGUUUGAUUUCCCUGCUGCCACUUUAUUACAUGAUAUGAUUAUGAAUGUUUACUCAUUAAAGGACCUCGACAUGAUAAAAGAACAUGCUGAGUGGUUAUACUCUCCAGCUAAGGAAGGUUUUCAGGUAUUUAUAAAUCUUCUGGAAUCAAUCAACAAAUUAAUUACAUACCGAAAAAGAUAUCUAAUAAAAGUGAAGGACAAGUUUCAAGAGUUUAAUUGAGUAAUUGAAUAAUCGGAAAUGUUUAAAAAACGUCGUCAUUAUUGUUUUCCGGAUCAAAUCAAUAUUCUAAUCACAAUAACAAUCAAAAUAAUCACUAUGCAAUUGCAGUUAUCAUUAAAAAUGCGUGUCCAACGUAAUAAACAAUUUCUAAUAUUAAGAAUAAUAAAAUAUGAUAUGUGACCCUUGGCUUCUUAUAACAUUAAACAUUUAGAUAAAACCUAUAUCUGAUGUAAAAUAAGAUUUACUCUUUUAUUGUGAUGGAAGAAAAUCGUUCAUUAGAUACGUUCAGGGGAACUUAUUUGAAGUGUGUAGAUAUAUUAACGAAUAAAUGAGAAUUAUUUUAAAACAGACUGGUACAUACGUGCUUUGUAACUGUAGAAUUAUGUAUGUACGUUGAACUGAAAUUGUUUUUUUGUUAUUAUUAUUUAAUAAAUUUUUCUGCAGUAGCUCUUA